UGGAGCUCAGUGUCAAACCCAAACAGCCAUCUCUACCUUUACUUCACUCCUUCCCAUUUACCGUCAACAAAACCCUUUAUGUUGUUUUUUAACCUGAUUUUGUUUUUAAUCUGUAAAACACCUUUGGAUGUUUAUUUCAAAUUUUGACCAUCACAUAAAUGCAAAUAGUUCCUUCCCUGGGAAUGGUCAUCUUUGAAAGUCUGGAUGGAGUUGUCAGGAAACUUGAGUAUUGAAGAAAAUCCCACGUUAUACUGAUAAUGGAUUUGAAUCUUCAGUUGACAGCAAAAAGCAUUUCAUCACUUCACUCCAGACGACCCAGACCAAGUCUCUCUGGUUUGGCUCAGAUAACACACAGUUUAUAUUUAAGCAAUGCAGUUGCUUCAAACAAUCAAAGACUCUUGCAGUCAAAUGGAGUGACGUGUAUAAUUAGUGUGACCUCAGAGGUGAUUGGUUCUACGUUUCCAGGUACUGAGUAUAUUAAUAUUCCCGUUGCAGAUUCUCCAUGUUCACAGCUAAGUGUGUAUUUUGACAUGGUGGCAGACAAAAUCCAGCUUGUUGAAAAAUCACAUGGACGAACAUUGCUGCAUUGUGUUGCAGGAAUCAGUAGAUCCGCCACUUUGUGCCUUGCUUAUCUCAUGAAAUACCAUCACAUAUCUCUGUUCGAUGCUCAUACCUGGUUGAAAGCAUGCAGGCCUAUAAUUAGGCCAAAUAGUGGAUUCUGGAAGCAGCUGAUAAAGUAUGAAGACAAACUCUUUGGAAAAACUAGCAUCAAAAUGGUGAUGUCGCCACUAGGAAUCAUACCAGAUAUAUAUGAAAAAGAGUAA